AUACUAAAGGCACUUCCUAGUGUACAGAUUGUGCCAGUCUGUACAGUCGAGAAGAAAGGCACCAUCCAGACCACAGGGCAGUCACCAGAUCGUCCGAUCCCUUCUUCCAUCACUAUCCUAGAGCUCCAAGACUGCAAAAAUGGCCAGCACCUUCACAAAAGUCUUGUUAUCCAGGCACUCAGCUGGACUUCUGGCAAUGGCUGGUGCUGGGUCACUAGCCGCUGGGUACCUCAUGGGUAGAGAAGUAAUCAGUGCCGAUUCAGAAAAGAAAAGGAGGCUCUAUCCAGCAAGUGCAGAGUACCCAGACCUCCGGAAACACAAUAACUGUAUGGCAAGUAACCUGACUCCUGCCAUCUACGCUAAGCUCUGCAACAAGUCCACUCCUAAUGGCUACACCCUGGAUGAGUGUAUUCAGACUGGUGUAGAUAACCCUGGACAUCCCUUCAUUAAAACUGUGGGCAUGGUAGCCGGAGAUGAAGAAUGCUAUGAGGUGUUUGCAGAUAUUUUUGAUCCUGUUAUAAAGGAGCGACACAACGGGUAUGAUCCAAGAACCAUGAAACACCCCACAGAUUUAGAUGCCAGCAAGGUUAAAGCUGGUCACUUUGAUGAACGUUAUGUACUGUCAUCUCGGGUUCGCACUGGAAGAAGUAUCAGAGGUCUCAGCCUGCCUCCAGCAUGUACCCGAGCAGAGAGGAGGGAAGUUGAGCGAGUGGCAGCUGAUGCCCUCAGUGGUCUUACUGGAGACCUGACUGGACGCUACUACAGACUGAGUGACAUGACAGAAAAAGAACAGCAACAGUUAAUAGAUGAUCACUUCCUCUUUGACAAGCCUGUAUCACCACUACUAACGGCUUCAGGGAUGGCACGUGACUGGCCUGAUGCCCGUGGAAUCUGGCACAAUAACGAGAAGACCUUCCUUAUUUGGAUAAAUGAAGAAGAUCAUACCAGGGUCAUCUCUAUGGAGAAAGGCGGUAACAUGAAAAGUGUCUUUGAACGUUUCUGCAAGGGUCUUAAAGAGGUUGAGAAAUUAAUUCAGGAGAAAGGCUGGGAAUUCAUGUGGAACGAAAGGUUGGGAUAUAUCCUCACCUGUCCAUCUAACCUGGGCACUGGCCUGCGUGCUGGUGUACACAUCAAUCUACCUCUACUGAGCAAGGAUUCACGCUUCUCUAAGAUCUUAGAAAAUCUCCGUCUACAAAAAAGAGGAACAGGAGGAGUGGACACAGCAGCUGUUGGUAGCACAUUCGACAUCUCAAACCUGGACCGUUUAGGAAAAUCUGAGGUGGAACUGGUGCAACUGGUCAUUGAUGGAGUGAACUAUCUUAUUGACUGUGAGAAGAGACUAGAAAAAGGUCAAGACAUUCGUAUUCCUGCACCUGUGGCUCAGUUCAAGCAUUAAUCCAAAGUUCUCUUGUACACUAAGCAAUGUGGCCUACAGUAUCUGAAUGCACCAAUAAUAAUAAUAAUAAUAAUAAUAAUAAUGCAUUGUGCAUUGAUACAUUGUAUUCCCAGUGUGCUGCUGCAGCCAGGGGUGGGAUUCAAAUUUUUAACAACAGGUUCCCUACUCAACGGCAGACACGCGGUGUCUUGACAUAUAUUUACAUAUACAUACACCAUAUAUAUGAAACACACAUAAA